UCGCAUCCUACACCCACCUCAGCCUGCACAAAUAAUAUGGCUCGAGUCAUGUACCAAGUGCAACCCGGAAGCUAUUUAUCUAUCACUAUAUGUCAGGUUGAGCACGACGAUGGCAACAUUCCGCAGGACUUAUUCGGUGACAGGUGGAGGAAGCCGUAGCUCCUGAAGGAUAUCUACGGACCGAUUUUCACGCCCCUUCUGCCUGUCGAGCGAACCAUCUAAGGACUCAGGUCGUCUGUCAACUUGUGGAGAGCAUCAUUUGGACCGAGUAAGGCUAAGGCGCCACUACUGUGAACACCACCUUGCAGUCCUCUUUGGUCCUAAAAACUCUUCACUUCCAUGGCAAUGAACAAGAACCCAUCUGUCAAUGCGGUCGCGGUCGCAGACGUUUGGACGUUUUUCAGCCGUUACGAGCAGGAGAUGUGUCAUUUUUCCGAGGCUUCGGUCCGGUCAUCCACUUGCUUCCGAUGACGCGUGUUACCCCCGCAAACGAUUUGUUGUUUUUGGGGUUGAACUAGUGCGGAGGCUAGUGGCUACGAUGCGCACGUCCUGUCUCCCUCUCGAGCUCCUUUUCCACAUAUUCGAAUGCCUUCCCAGACCACAUCAAACACCUGAUAUCUGGCGUUGUGCACAGGUUUGUCGUCGAUGGAGAACAACUUUAUGCAAAGUCAUGCCGUGGUUAUGGUCCACAAUUGAACUCGAUGCCGAUGCACUCCAGAACAUUAACGUUCUUUGUCACUACUUGAAGAGGUCCCACGGUCGCCCUCUAUCCAUUACCCUCAAACGCUGUAUCCGUCUUGCAUUCAACUGCGAGGAAGGCUCAGACUCCGACACCGCUAGUUCUAAACUAGAAGAUUACCUUGAGGUGCUCAUCCCACAUUGCGCCCGCUGGCAAGACUUUUCCUGCCAGGGGCUUUUAGCUCACGAGCUCGAACAGUUUGCACCCGUCAAAGGCCGUCUCCCUUUACUGCGCCAUCUUCAUCUUUACAUUCAUGAUGAUUUUCUCCACGACUACCCAACCGACAUCGAUUCGUUCAGCAUUGCUCCCAAUCUACGGUCUGUAAGGGUCCUUGGUACUCAUCUACCACGUCCUCCCUUAGUCUUACCUUGGACCCAACUUGAUUUCUACCAAGCCAACCAAAGCCAUCGUCAUCUUGUUGACGUGUUGCAUAAGGCACCGGAAAUGGGGACCUGUAUGAUAUCCAGCAGACCGAGCGUCCACGUUCCUUACGCCGGUCCAUCCGUCUAUCAUGAGAACCUACACACGCUCUCUGUCCACGGCACACACGUCCUAUCCCACCUCUCCCUUCCAUCCCUCCGCAACCUAACCCUCACUCUCAACAACCCCCUCGAACUCGUGGCUCUCACCUCGUUCUUAAAGGGAAACACCAAAUUUCCCCUCCGAGAGUUAAAACUCACGGGUCGUUUCUGUGCCACCAAUUUGUCCUUCUCCGAUUUGUUAAAAGACCUAUUUACCACCACUUCAGCUUCAUCUCUCACAACUCUCGAUUUUGGAUUGUUAAUACCACAAGCCUGCAACAUUCUAUACUCAUUACUUACCCUCACCACGGAGGACGAGCACACGUGCAUCUUACCCGAGCUCGAGUGCUUAACCAUACAUCCUUCAUUACUCAAAUACCAUUGCGAGACGAUGUUGCUCGCGAUGAUGAGUUCCCGAGUGGGGGCACGACGCCCACGUCCUGCUCCUAAGAUAAAGCUCGGGGAACGAGAGUCCCGUAAUCGACACCGUGCUCGUCUUCAUCACCGCCCAUGAUUAUGAUCAUGGAUCUGCGCUUGGAAUGGCUGUUGAUAUCUGAUGCCUGGAGUAUCAGUUGUUUCGUUUAAUGACAUUGACAAUCUACAAUCCGACACCCCACACCACGAUUUCCACGUGCACGCGGGUGAUUUGACCGGCAUAGGGAAAUAGGAUGCCAUCGGCGUACUAUAAUUGACAGCCCUCGGGUUGUCAGUGGAGGUGCCGGGGUUUAGAAUACCGUGUCUGCUUUAACGGCAUCCCACGACACCCUUCCCUCCUUCCCUUGUUUGUAUCUUUUACCUUCGGCGGUGCACCAAAACGAGUUGGCCUACUUCCCCACUCCACCCCCAUCUACUAGUACUACCCCAAUUUCGCACAAUUACAAUUACAACUACUCACCUUACUCUUCACUAGCAGCCACUGGCGCUAUCUAUACUUAUACUGCUUAGAAUGACGAACGCUUGUCGGUGUCAUUUCCACUGUUACUUUUGCGCUGCUUGGUAGCUAUUCAAUUCAUGAAUUCGACGCCUGGGUUAUAAACUCCCAGUGAAAGCGGAUUUCGAAGCGGG